AGCUUCUUACUUAUAAACAAAAGAACGGAAGGUAUUGGUAAAUUUGUGCCUAAACACAAUGCUCGCCCGAGUAACCUCAACGAUUUAUGUCCACACAAAUCUCUGACGCGAGUGGAGGCGCUCGGACAACGGCUUUUGGUAUGAAAAUGUGUGCGCAUACGCGCGUAGUAAGGACCAUCAAUGAGAACUUGAAUCGAAGAAUGCGCCAUCGGGGUUCCUGUUAAAGCGAAACACAUCAAUGUACUCGCAAGAAGACUUGACCGCUGAUCAAAUCGCUUUAGUGAUCGAGACACUCAGCAAGAAGGUUACGCUAUUGCAGGAGGAGAUACGUAUCCUGAGGCAUUCCGAGACGACCGAUGUUCGCCGCAGGAAUAUCUCUUCGAAAAAGCUCUGGUCAAUACCCAACGAGAAUGAGAGGAGACGAGCGAAGUUUGCAAAUUAUUUUUCGAACGAUUCCUACGGAUUGAAUGUUACGGCUUCCGAAGGUCGCGAGAGGAAUAAUCGGGUAGUAUCAAACUCCAAGGGAUUCACGAUGUGCCAGGAGAGGGUAAUGAUGUCGUCGAAGCAACGAAAGUAUGAAUUAAAACACGAAGAGGUCCAAGUAAAAAAAGUACACCACAAUGCCAAGGACAAUACGAACACUGUCGACGACCAACUCCGCAAGCAAAAAAAGGAACAUCGUGCCAUGUGCUCAACAACGUUUCUUAAUGUAGAAAAUAAUUUGAAAAAUCAAGUUCAACGGAAAAGGAUCUCGCGAGGUGUUCAGUAUGAAAAUCCAUUUUGUAUAACGAAUUAUCAAAUUAUUUUAAGUUCCUCUACACUCAACAAUGCUAAAAGCACCCAAGAAUCGGAUAUGACAAGAGUCGAGUCUACUAAACGCGACAAUCAUACUCAAAUUCCAAAUAAACCAAUGACAGCAUCCAUAAUAGGAACGGCGACAGUACCGGUGAGAAGUAAAGUCACCUUUAAGCUUCAAGAUCCAAAGGACAAUGGUUACGAACAUAACGAUACGAAAUUACAAAUGAUGAGCGUUAUGAUAAAUAACGAGGAUAAUAGCGAGUCAGGCCACGUCCCUUGCCAGUGA